UGGUAUAGUCCAAAAAUGGCCGCUGUUGUCCACGCGUUUCGAGCUGACAGAAGAAUUUCUGUUUGAUACUUCGUUGUUCACUUUUCAUAACAUCGAUACCAUUACGUUCACUUCAUACCUUAAAUACAAACGCUUGGAUAUUCCUUAAACUAUAAGAAUGCCUCACAAAAAGAAGAAAGCCUUCAUCAAUAAGAAGAGCGCAUUGUCCUUUCACCUGGUGCACAGAAGUCAGAAAGAUCCUCUGGCUGCAGACGAGACAGCUCCCCAACAUGUCCUUCUGCCCGCUGCCAGGGUGGAGGUGGAGAAGAGGAAGGAGGAACAGCGUAAUUUCGGAGUGUUUUUUGAUGAUGACUACAAUUACCUGCAGCACCUGAGAGAGGCGCCUCAGCCCGCAGAGUUGGUCUCUGCUCCUCGCAUCCGCAGAGACGCUCGACCGAAACCUGAAGAGGAUGAAGAGGAGGCCAGCGUCCCUACGGCCUCCAUCAACCUGCCCUCGUCUGUGUUCGCGUCUGAGUUUGAAGAGGAAGUUGGUUUAUUAAACAAAGCAGCCCCUGUUUCAGGGCCGCGGUUGGAUCUGGAUCCUGACAUUGUCGCUGCGCUGGAUGAGGACUUUGAUUUCGACGACCCGGAGAACAUCCUGGAAGAUGACUUCGUCGUCAAAGCCAACGACGUCAUGGGUGGUGAUGACGAUGAUGAAUGGGAGGACACGGAUGAGGAAGAUGAUGAAGAUGAGGAGCAAGAUUAUGAUUCAGAAGGUGGUCUGUCUGAGGAUGAGGAAGGCGGCCGGAGAGAGUUCAUGUUUGCCGACUGUGAGACGAAGAGUCGGUUCACUGAGUAUUCGCUCACAUCUUCCAUCAUGAGGAGGAACGAGCAGCUGACGCUCCUGGACGACCGCUUCGAGAAGUUUUAUGAGCAGUUUGACGAUGACGAGAUCGGCGCGCUGGAUAACGCAGAGCUGGAGGGCUACAUCGAACCGGACAGCAAGCGACUGGAGGAGGUCAUCAAAGACUACUUCAUACAGAAAGAGAAAGAAUGUCAGAAACCAGAUCAGCUGGGUCCUGCGGAGCUGCCCUCUGUGAAAGAGGAAGAUGAAGAAGAGGAUGAUGAUGGAGAGGUGGAGAUUGAGACGAUGGUCAUUGAGCCGCCCACAGAGCGCUGGGACUGUGAGACCAUCAUCAGUACAUACUCCAACCUCUACAACCGGCCCAAACUGAUCCAGGACCCCCCAAAGCCCAAGGAGAUCCGAGUGUCCGCUAAGACAGGGAUUCCUCUGGACGUCCUGCCAAAACGAGGCCCGACUACCAAACAGGUGGAGAGGAUGGAGAGGAUCAACGACUCGGACCUGCCCCGAGCCGCCACACAGCCCCGCUCACGGGAGGAGAGCGCAGAGGAGAGGAGAGCCAGGAAACAGGCCAUCAAGACGGAGAGGAAGGAGAGGAGGUCAGAGAAGAAAGCAAACAAACUGGCGUUCAAACAGGAGAAGCAGAUGCAGGAGAAGCAGAUGGUUCAUUUAAGAGCAAACGUUCAGGGUCUGAAGCUCUCGUAGGACGGCGGAGAUGCUCCAAAGACUACAGGACCUCACUGAAGACACACCAGCUCACAGGGUUACACUGUCACAGUGUUCCUUACCAGAACUUCUAUGUUUGUUUGCCUAGCGCUUGUUGUCAUGGAGACAUCAUAACAAAUGGAAUCUUCAGAAACUGUUCUAUUUAAGUUUGAUUGUUUAAAGGUAAACAGUCAGCAGGAGUUCAUUACUUAAUGACUCAACAUUUGUUGUUUGUACAGAAUAUAAUUAAAAAAGGGUUUCAACCAGUUAUCAGUUUAUAUACAUGUAUUAAAACAAGUACUAUUUUUUUCCCAAUAGAAUCCCAAUCUGGUUUUAAUAAAAACACAAUAUGGAAAAAUACAACAACAACAAAAAACUAUCUUUUUUUCUUUUUAAAUUGGCACAUUGUCAAAAUAUCAGCUGCCUGUAUCUAGAUAGCAUGGCUUUAUAAAUUGGCUUGUCAGUUCAUCAUGAUGAAAAUCUCUCGUCUUCUCCCAUCAUGUAUUGUGCAUAAAUGCCAUUCACAGGAUUGAACAAUAAACAAUUUU